GGGUCCGUCGUUUUGCUGGCAGAUCGAACUUGUAUAUAUAGGGAGAGAGCAUUGAUUUAUUCAAGAAUCUGCAGCCGGCAGUCAGCACCACACCACCAAUCUCACUCUCCAACCAUGUCUCCCAACGCCGACUCGCACUCCCAAUCGACCCUCUGCGUCCACGCCGACGAUCCCCUGAACACCCUCCCCGCCUCGGCAGAUGGCGAGAUCACCGAUGUAGCCCCCGCCUUGCACGUCAGUACGACGUAUAGGUUCAACAAGGAUCCCGAAAAGCUGGUCGAAGCCAAGGAUUGCGAUCUUUUCACCCAUCGAGAUACCCAUAUCUAUUCCCGCGAGACCACCCCGAAUACGACCCGCUUGGAGGCCAUCUUGUCGUCCAUCUGUGGUGGUCGAGCGUUAUGCUAUUCGAGCGGGUUGAGUGCAACCUUCGCCGCUUACACCUACUUGAAGCCUAAAAAAGUAUCCAUCGGAGGAGGCUAUCAUGGUACCCACGGCGUCCUCUCCAUCCACCACCGUCUCACCGGAGUGACGAAGAUCCCGCUCGACUGCCCUGCCGAGGACCUCUCCCCGGGCGACGUGAUCCACAUCGAGACCCCCUUCAACCCGACUGGGGAAGCCUACGACCUGCAAUAUUACGCCGACAAGGCUCAUGGCCGAGGAGCGUUCUUGGUCGUGGAUUCCACCUUUGGACCUCCUGGACUGCAGGACCCGUUCAAACACGGGGCUGAUCUCGUCAUGCAUUCCGGUACCAAGUAUUUCGGCGGGCAUAGCGACCUGCUCUGCGGAGUCCUCGUGGCCAGCCCGCAGAGGGAAGACUGGUUCAAGGGUUUAUGGAUGGACCGGAUGGACCUGGGGAGCGUGAUGGGGAACAUGGAGAGUUGGUUGACGGUCAGGUCGUUGAGGACGUUGGAAUUACGGGUGACUAGGCAGAGUAGGAACGCGGAUAAGAUCGUCGAUUGGUUGGAUAAGGGGAUGAACGACAAGUUCACCCAUGACGACGAGGAAAAGGCAGCGUCGGACGUCUCCCUGAUCAAACCCCAUGUUACCAAACUCUACCACGCUUCCCUUCAAGCUCGUGACCCAUCCAACGCCUGGCUGCCCCUUCAAAUGCCUAACGGCUAUGGCCCCGUUUUCGCGCUCCACCUCGCCACCCCGGAGAUGGCCCGUCGUUUCCCCUCCUACCUCGAGCUCUUCCACCACGCGACCUCCCUUGGCGGCGUAGAGAGCUUGGUAGAAUGGAGAGCGAUGAGCGACGAGACGAUCGAUAGGCGGUUGGUCAGGUUCAGCAUCGGGGUCGAGGAUGUCGAGGAUCUGAUUGAGGAUAUCAGGGGGGCUUUGAGAAAGUUGGAAGCGUGGAACAAGGAGCAGGAGCGGGGGCAGAAGUAGGCGUUUCAUCUGGACGAGGACAGGGUCUUUCUGUUGUAUAUAUAUAUUUCGAUAGCGCCAUAUUCAAACACCACUCUUCUUCGAUCUUCGAUCGUCUGCUGCUUUCCCCGAUGGCAAAAAGACGUUUGCCAUUUGUG